GGCAAGACAACCCUUUAAAACCCCUCCGCAAACACAAACAAGAACGUCAAAGAAACAACCCCAUCUCAUGGAGCAAACUUUAUUCUACACAAAAACAAGUCCAAUGUAUAGAUGUUGCUCUAAUCUUCCUGAUCAAGAAAUCUUGAUCAAAGAGUCGUCGAACAAGCAAAAAGGCUCAAGCUUUUCUUCACAAAAGAGAAACCCUAGUCCUAAUUUGAUUAAUAAAGCGUCCAUGCCAACUUUUGGAUUUGGAAACGAUGAAGAUGAUGAUAUUGAAGAUGAAGAGAGUGAGUUCAAGAUGGGGAGGUUGAUUAGGCAAGCGUCUCUAAACUCCUCUGAUAUGGAUGCUCAUCAACAAAAAACUAAGGUUAUGAAAGGAAGCUCGAGUUUACCACGGUAUUUGUCACUAAAUCCGGAAAGAAAUCAAGAAAAGAUUAGUAGCAUGAGGAAAUUCGAAAGCAUGAAAGAGAGGAAUAGAAGCAAGAACUCCAUGAAAAUAGUGAAGAAUAAUGGUGGAGCACCAACAAUACCAGGAAGAUGGGUUGACAAGGGGUCAUCAGAAGAUAUGAAGGCACAAAUCAAAUUCUGGGCCAGAGCAGUGGCUUUCAAUGUGCAUCAAGAAUGUUAAACCGAUAAGAGCAAAUAUUAUACCAAACAUGUUGAUAAUUAUACGUUUGAUCGGGUUCACUCAUGAUGCGAUGCUAACCGAGUUUUUUUUUUUGAUGUGAAUUAUGGGAUUUUAAUUAACUUAUUGAAU